AUGGCAGACGACAAGCCAAAGGAAGGUGUUAAGACCGAGAACAAUGAUCACAUCAACCUGAAAGUGGCUGGUCAAGAUGGAUCCGUGGUGCAAUUCAAAAUCAAAAGACAUACACCGCUUAACAAGCUUAUGAAGGCUUAUUGUGAACGUCAGGGUUUGUCAAUGAGGCAGAUUCGAUUCCGAUUUGAUGGUCAGCCAAUUAAUGAGACGGACACACCAGCACAGUUGGAGAUGGAGGAUGAAGAUACAAUUGAUGUGUUCCAGCAGCAGACGGGAGGAAAGUUCUAG